AACCAAACCCUACAAUCGUCUCCCUCCUCUGCUUCUCUCAUCUUCUACCGCCUCUAUCUCUCAAAACCACGAGAGAUUCAAUAUGCCUUCAUUAGCUUUAUCCGAGGAGAAGAAGAUGAAGAAGAAGCCGACAGCCAUGGAGAUGGAGACAACCACACCAGAGCACGACUCCAAGAAGAAGAAAUCGAAGAAGCUGAAGCUCUCCGACUCCUCCGACGGAGAAGACUCCGAGAAGAAGAAGAGCAAGAAGAAGAAGCGCAAGGCCUCUGCUGAGGAGAGCAGCGAUUCGGGCUCUGAGCUCGUGGAGCCGUUGGAGAGCUCGAAGAAGAAGAGCAGCAAGAAGGCGAAGCUGAGCGUUGAGGAAGAGGAUGUCAAAGUUCAUAACCCCAACGCCGUUUCGAAUUUCAGAAUCUCUGAUCCGUUGAAGGAGAAACUUAAGGAGAAGGGUAUCGAGGCUCUUUUCCCGAUUCAGGCGAGCACUUUUGAUAUGGUUCUCGAUGGUGCUGAUCUUGUCGGAAGGGCUCGUACUGGUCAGGGUAAAACAUUGGCUUUCGUGUUGCCUAUACUUGAGUCAUUGAUCAAUGGACCUUCGAAGAACAAGAGGAAGAAUGGGUACGGCAGGCCACCAAGUGUUUUGGUGCUUUUACCAACCAGAGAAUUGGCCAAGCAGGUGUUUGCUGACUUUGAUGCAUACGGAGGAUCCGUUGGGUUAACUUCUUGCUGUGUCUAUGGAGGUGAUCCUUACCCUCCUCAGCAGAGCAAACUCAAGAGAGGUGUUGACAUUGUAGUUGGAACACCCGGUCGUGUCAAGGAUCAUAUCGAAAGGCAAAACCUUGACCUGACCUAUCUUCAGUUCCGUGUUCUCGAUGAAGCUGAUGAAAUGUUGAGAAUGGGAUUCGUGGACGACGUUGAACUUAUCUUAGGGAAAGUUGAGGAUCCUAAGAAAGUCCAGACGCUUCUCUUCAGUGCUACCUUGCCAGGAUGGGUUCAAAACAUUGCUUCGAGGUUUCUGAAACAAGAUAAGAAGACUAUUGAUCUCGUUGGUAAUGAUAGAAUGAAGGCUAGUAACAGCGUUAGACACAUUGCUCUUCCCUGCAGUAGGCAAGCCAUGUCUCGCUUGAUUCCUGACAUCAUCAGCUUAUACAGCAGUGGAGGUAGUACAAUCAUUUUCACCGAGACUAAAGACCAUUGUUCUGAGCUUGCUGGUUUAUUGCCUGGGGCUAGAGCUUUACACGGUGACAUCCAACAAUCACAGCGUGAGAUUACUCUUGCUGGAUUCAGAAAGGGAAAGUUCUCCACAUUGGUUGCUACAAACGUCGCUGCUCGUGGUCUAGACAUCAACGACGUGCAGCUAAUUAUCCAGUGUGAGCCUCCACGUGAUGUUGAAGACUACAUCCAUCGUUCAGGCCGAACAGGGAGAGCAGGCAACACCGGAGUUGCUGUCAUGCUGUACGAUUCUAGAAAGUCUGGCGUGUCGAGGAUUGAGAAACAAGCUGGGAUAAAGUUUGAGCAUGUUUCAGCGCCGCAGCCUAAUGAUAUCGCCAAGGCUGUUGGUAUGGAAGCUGCUGAGAAGAUCACACAAGUCUGUGACACUGUGGUUCCUGCGUUUAUGGCCGCUGCCAAGGAGCUGCUGGAGAGCUCUGGUGUGUCAGCAGAAGUACUCCUUGCUAAAGCUCUCGCAAAAACCGCGGGGUUCACUGAGAUUAAGAAAAGGUCGAUUCUAACAUCAAUGGAGAACCAUGUCACACUACAUCUUGAAGCAGGGAGACCCAUAUACACACCAACAAAUGCAUUUAAUAUGCUGAGGAGAGUCUUACCAGAUGACAAGGUUAAUCUGAUUGAAGGGAUGACUAUGACACUAGACGGAGGUGCGGUUUUUGAUGUUGUGCAAUCAGAUGUAGACCAGUUUAUUGCUGCUGGACAGAAGAACGCUGGGAGUCUGAGCUUGGAGGUUGUCAAGGAGUUGCCUAAGCUUCAAGAGCGUGAACCAGUGCAGAGAAGAUUUGGUGGUGGUGGGGGUAGGUUUGGUCGUGGAGGUGGUGGUGGUGGUGGUGGUAGAUUUGGUCGUGGGGGUGGCAGAGGCCAGAGAUGGUGAAAAACUCCUAUAACUUUCGCUACUAUUACUACUUUCUUUCCAUGGCUAAAUCUAUUAUUAUUAUGUGUUUUUCCUCUUCUCUUUAUUUUGAACAACUUAAAAGGGGAAGUUCUUUGUUGUCCCCUUAUCAAUUUUGUGUUAUUUGAAUGAUAAUGAUGAUAAAAUUAUUAAUUCAUCAGUUACACUUUCUUCAUGGUGAA